AUGAGCCUAAGAAAGGCAACUGGCCACAAAAGCAAGCCUGCGGCGCCUUUCCCUCCCGACCCUGACGCCGAUACGGUUGCUUUGGCCCUAGAACCUCUGCCUCUUCUUACACCUCCAGCCGGUUCCACAAACGACAGCCCUGCCGCUGCUGAAGCGGAUGUUGCGAAUCCUUCGACUCCCUCGUCAUCCGUCCAAACCACCUUCGACCCAUAUAACACGACACACCACCCUCGAUCCGUCCCAUCCACUCUGCGAAGUCGUCCCUCUACCCUCUCCUACACUUCGAGCGCCGGCGAACAUGGUGACGAUACGACCGAUCAGAUCCCAACAUCUCCCGCCCCGCAACUAGACGACGGCGCCAUGCCCUCGAAACCUUCCCUCUUGCGUUCCGCGGGCAACGACGCCCCAUCCUACGGCGCUGUCUCCCAAGACCCGAGUCGCAAUGUCUCGCCCACAGGCAGCGACUCGAGGACCGGCAACGCACACCCGCUCCGAUACGUCUCCGACACCUCCAAAUCGACCUCUUCGAGGUUCUCCGGCGGCUCGAGAAGAGAGAGCUCGCGUCUCUCUGAAGAGCUCGAUGCCGCUGCCUUGGCUACCGGCUUGGAGGGGCGCUUCGGAGUGACCCAAGCUCCCGUGACGACCAAUAUGCUCGAGGAUGCCAAAUCUGACGCAGCCGGGGACGAGAUAGAAUACGACGACUACACGGGGAGCGAGCCCGAGGAGGACCCCGUUGACAAUUCGCCUCACGAAGUCGUCCGCGCGUCAGUGCCGCCGACGGACAAUGUCACCUUGUCCAUUAACACCCCGAGAAUGUGGAUACUGUCGUUUUUGUUUUCGGUCCUAGGUUCUUCUACCAACUUGUUCUUUUCGUUACGAUACCCUAGCGUUGCUAUUACGCCCGUCAUCGCAUUGUUGCUCGUUCACCCGCUUGGCCUCAUGUGGGACUAUGCCCUCAAAUACCCGACCGACCCUCCCGAGGAGUUCUUAGACGGCGUCCUGGUGCCUGGAGGCGCCAAUGGCCGUCCGCCUCCGAAACGGUCCUUGACUCGGCUGCGCAGAUGGCUUGCGCAAGGUCGGUGGAAUGAGAAGGAGCACACUUGCGUCUACGUGAGCAGCAAUGUGUCGUUCGGCUUUGCUUUCGCAACCGACGUCAUUGUUGAACAGUCCAAGUUUUACCACCAGGAAGCCACCAUCACCUACCAGAUCCUCCUCACUCUGUCGACACAGAUUCUGGGCUACGCCUUUGCAGGCUUGACGCGCCGGUUUCUGGUGCGGCCCAGCGGCAUGAUUUGGCCCGGUACUCUAAUGUCAGCCGCCAUGUUCGGGACGCUCCACAAGGAAGAAAACAAGAUCGCAGACGGUUGGAGGAUUUCGAGGUGGAAGUUUUUCUACCUAGUCUGGUUUGGCGGAUUCGCCUUCUACUUCCUCCCUGGUCUUUUGAUGCCCUGCCUCAGCUACUUCAACGCCAUCACGUGGUUUGCGCCGAAGAACGUUGUGGUUGCCAACCUCUUUGGGGUUGUUUCCGGGCUCGGGCUUUUCCCGUUGACCUUCGACUGGGCGCAGGUCACCUACAUUGGCUCGCCUCUGCUGGUGCCGUUCUGGGCAGCAAUGAACGUCGUUGGCGGCCUCGUGAUCGUAAUGUGGCUCGUUGCGCCCAUUGCCUACUACGCCAACGUCUUUUACUCGUCGUACAUGCCCAUUCUGUCGUCUGCCGUCUUUGACAACAAGGGCCAGGUCUACGACGUAAGCAAGAUCUUGACCUCGGAUUUCCUGUUCGACAGAGAGGCAUACAGCAAGUACAGUCGUGUGUUUCUUCCCAUCACCUACGUCUUGAGUUACGGCGUGCAGUUUGCUGCUUUGGCAGCACUUCUGACGCACACAGCCUGCUGGCAUGGCAAGGAUAUGUGGCAGACAUGGAAGACGGCUCUGGCAGAAGCUCGCAACGAAGGCCAAGCAGUCUACCAGCCUGUGUCUAGCGGCUCUGAGCAUAUUUCGCCCCAACGAUCAUUCAGCGCUACCAGAGGUAUAUCGAGGUCUUCAUCCAACCUCGAAGGUAUGAUGUUCCGCGAGGACGUGCACUGUCGACUUAUGAAGCGAUACAAGGACGCCCCGCUGUCCUGGUACUUGACGACGUUUGUAACGAUGCUCGCGGUGGGCAUCUUCGUCGUCGAAUACUACCCGAUUCACCUCCCGUGGUACGGCCUGCUUAUGUCGCUGGGCAUCUGUGCCAUCUUCUUCAUCCCGAACGGCAUCAUCAUGGCGGUCACGAACCAGCACAGUAGCAUUUACUUGAUCUGUCAGCUCAUUUGCGGCGCCGUGUUCCCUGGCCGUCCGAUCGCAAACAUGGUGUUUGUGACCUACGGCUACAUCUCGUCGGCGCAGGGUAUCAAGUUCGCCUCGGAUCUCAAACUUGGUCACUACAUGAAGAUCCCUCCGCGGAUCAUGUUUUCGGUCCAGAUGGUGGCCACAAUCGUGUCCUCUCUCACGCAGAUCGGGGUGCUCAACUGGAUGUUUGCCAACGUUAAAGGUAUAUGUACGUCAGAGGCCGUCAACGGUUUUACGUGCCCCAUCGCGCGGGUACACUUCAACGGCUCCAUCCUGUGGGGUGUGGUUGGACCAGGCGAAUUCUUCGGGCCGAACGCGACGUACCGCGGGCUUGUGUGGUGUUUCCUCAUCGGCGCCAUCAUGCCAAUUCCCUUGUGGCUCUACGCCCGCAAGAAAAAGCACAGUGUCGUCAGGAAGAUCAACCUUCCGGUCGUUUUCGGAUCCAUGGCCUGGAUCCCGCCGGCGACAGGACUCAACUUCUCGGUGUGGGCGGUCGUGUGCUACGUGUUUAAUUACCUGAUCAAGAGGAGGAAGAGCGCGUGGUGGGCAAAGUACACCAUGACGAUGAGCGCGGCAUUAGACUCGAGCCUGGCGUUUGGCAUUGUUGUUGUCUUCUUCGGUUUCAUCUACCCAGGGCAUAUGAAGGGCUUCAAGUGGUGGGGGACAGAGGUGUAUAAGCAGGGCUGCGACUGGCAGGCUUGCCCAUACAACACGGUGCCGGAAGGGGGGCAUUUUGGCCCCGAUUCGUGGUGA